AUGGGGAGCUCCAGCGGCGGCGGCGGCCCCGCCCAGAGAUCAAACCCUGCCAAUGGGCGGACGGAGGCGGGACUUCCGCUGUCCCGGGGAGGGCGGGGGGGCGGCGAACUGUUGUGGUGCGGAGCGUUGGGCGGGCGGCGGCCGGGUGGCCCAGGGGCUGCCGCGGGACUUGGGGCGCAGCCGAGCGGCUGCAGGGGUGGGGCGGGCCGGACGUGCUGCGGGGCCCCGGGCACCGCGGGUUCGAGGCCGGGCCCCGCGCGGGGAGGCCGCGCCACCCGGAGGGAGCUGUGCUGCCCGGCGGCGAGUUUGCUCCGCAGCCGAAAGAAGGCGGGAGUCGGCGGGUCCCCAGAAACCGGCUGGCCGCCCGGGCCCGGAGCCCCCGGGGAGCUUGUCCCUCCCCGGGACGCCCUCCCGGACGCCCCCGCCGAAGGGUGA